AUGCGCCUCCUCGCCUUGGCUCUGGCGCUCCUGGCGGCGUCCACCGCCCCUUCGGUGGACGCCGCCCGUCACCUCCGCUCAUCGGAUACCGCCGAGCACAUCGGCAGAGCCGAGUUCUACCCGGAGCUGAAGCGGUUCCUGAAGGUUGAGGUUGAGAAGGAGCGGGCGUACCCGGGGGUGGGCGUCAAGUGGGAGCGUGGCCACCCGGUCACGCUGGUGCUCUACGACGAAUUAGACAAGGAGGUGGAGAGACAUAACAUGGAGGGAUGGGAGGUUGACAAGGUGCGCGACAUGCUGCACGCGCGGGGGUUCCACAAGAAGGCCGCGGACAAGCUGCCCGGGGUGAAGAUCGGUUUCAACUGGCUCGGGAGCAAGAGCGGCGAGGCCGACCGGUCCAAUCACAGGACCCAGCCGCUGGCCACCGCGGGGCUCGCCACGGCGCUCAAGGUGGGGUGA